AUGUUUUCGGUGUGUGUUGUUGUGCCUCUCAAUUCGGGACAGCUUAAUCUGGCUGAAACCCUUCCAUCUGUUCUUCCACCUGUCGGUCUACCACCACUGUUACCCUGGCGUAUCAACCGGACGAUGACCGCAACACACGAUUCUGUUCGUCCGGGGUCCAUGAUCGGUGUUGGUGUUGGUGCGGGUGUACCCGUCGGUAAUGGUGCCCAUCCACUCCAACCCGGUUCGACAAAAUGUAAUCAUACAGGCCUAUCGUCUUGUCUGGUCAAUCAUACACGAGCUGUGCUCAUUGAUCAGUCCAAUAUGUGUACUCCGCAACAGGACGCGGAGAAAAUUCAGUGUCUCAGGGAAUUACCGGCUGAAAGUUAUGAGGUGCUCGAAGGUGAAGAUGUCCAAAUGCGCUGUCGAGUGGCACAUCAGCGCGGCAAAGCUCAAUGGAGAGCAAGAAAUUUCCUUUUGGGUGAGUCCUUAUCGCUGGUCUAUGGAUAA